AUGAAGUUGCUAGAUAUUCAUUUUUUAGAAUUAUUAAAACAUGGUUCAGCUGAAAAAGUUUAUAAAGUACAGAUUAUUGAUCUUCAAUUAAUAGAUGUGAUUUAACCUAAUAGUUUAACUCCGUAAUCCUAUAGUAUAAACAAAAGAUAUCUAAUUAAAUACAUAAUUUUGAAAUAUUAGAAAUUAUAGCUAGAAAAGUAGUAUCUAAAAUUCCUCUUAGAAUCUAGAGAUCUCAUAUUUGGACUAGCUAUUUCAAAAGAACAUCAUGUUGUUCAGAAUAUAAUUUAUAUAUAUGUUAAAUUCUAAUUAUUAUUUGAUUGGCUAUAAAGUCUUGAGAUAUUGUCAUUACUCUCUUGA